GUAGAAUCCCAAACACACACACACACUCUCAUACACACACGCUCUCUCAACUUUCUGCCGUGCCUGUGGCUUGGCCAUGCAGGAGUCUCCAGGCUCUCUGGGGGUGGACGGGGGCUAUGGCAGCAACGUGCCUGCCUUCCUCACCAAGCUCUGGACGUUGGUGGAGGACCCAGACACCAACCACCUCAUCUGCUGGAGUGCUACUGGUACCAGCUUCCAUGUGUUCGAUCAAGGGCGAUUCGCCAAGGAGGUUCUGCCCAAGUACUUUAAGCACAACAACAUGGCGAGCUUUGUUCGACAACUCAACAUGUAUGGCUUCAGGAAGGUGGUGAACAUUGAGCAGAGUGGGCUUGUGAAGCCGGAGAGGGACGACACUGAGUUCCAGCACCUCUACUUCCUCCAAGGGCACGAACACCUGCUGGAGCACAUCAAGAGGAAGGUUUCCAUUGUGAAGAGUGAAGAGACCAAGCUACGGCAGGAGGACCUCAGUAAGCUGCUGUAUGAGGUCCAAGUGCUGAGGAGCCAGCAGGAGAACAUGGAGUGUCAAAUGCAGGACAUGAAACAACAGAAUGAAGUGUUGUGGAGGGAAGUGGUCUCACUGAGGCAGAACCACACCCAGCAACAAAAGGUUAUGAACAAGCUGAUUCAGUUCCUCUUCAGUCAGAUGCAGUCCAACCCACCCAGCCCUGUGGGAAUAAAGAGAAAACUGCCCCUGAUGCUGGACGAUGGCUCCUCCAGCCCACCCGCCCAAAAGUUCAGCCACACAUCCCAGAUGGACCCCCUGCAAGAACCCUUCUUCAUUCAGUCGCCAUCCACAGAGACAGCCUCUUGCUCGUCUGCUGCGAUGACAGGAGGACCAAUCAUUUCCGAUGUUACUGACAUGUCCCAGCCCACCGUCAUGGCCCUGCAGAUGCAGACGGAGGAGAACAGGGAUAAGUGUAUGAUGCUGAUCAAGGAAGAGCCGGUCAGUCCAGGUGUGCGGGGCCGCGGGGAGGCGGUCCCCCUGGGCUCCUGUGAGGUGUGCUCUGAACCCCCCGUCCUCCCUGUCGCAAUGGUACAGUCCGUCCUGGAGGGCCGGGGAUCUGGGGACCGCAGGAGCAAGAGACCUGCUCUGGAGAGGCCCGAGGUGUCUGAUGCUGUGGAGAACGUGGACAUGAGUCUGGAGGAGUUACAGCUUCUGCUGAGGACCCACCAGCACAGUGUGGAGCCUGGGACUGCUGUCAUAGACCCUUUCACCUUCAACCUGCCUCUGACUGAAUGGAACUUCUCUGAAAUGGAGUCCAAUCUCAAAUCAGGAUCAUCUGAUGUGGAGUGUGUGUGUGUGUACCAGUACAUGUUCCAGAACCAGGAAGCUGAGGCCUUCAGUGGGGCUGGCUGUGAGGAGCAGUGACCAAUCAGACCCCAGCCAUCCCUGGUCGAGCCGGACUG